AUGGGUGCCUGUGUUUCAGAUGGAAGCAAGCAGAAGCCCGACUUCGUAAAUGUAGGUGGCCAGAGUGGUCCCUUUGCGCCAGUGACGGAUCAUAUAGUGGGGAACACCAACGGUCCUGCAACAGUGCCGCAGGUGAACAAAAAGUCUGCACCGACGGUGAAGGAACCCACUCUUCCGAGGAUUAGGGUUUUUACGGAGGUGGAUGAUUCUGAGGCCAACAAUAUCGACCUCGUCCCUGGUAGCGGUUGCAGUGUUGUGAAGGGCAAGUACCGAAUGACGCCCAUAGUAGCAUUCAAACCUUUCGCCGCUAGGCGCUUGCGGGAGCGAGCUGUCAAGGUAAUUCGAGGCAGUUACUACUCUGAAGAGGCCCAUGAGGAGCCACCGCAAGCGUGUGCGGUGACAAGUUGCCCAUUUGGCGAUGAGGAAAAGGAGGGUGCGAGUGGUACCAAAAAAUGCAAUCAACCGGAGUUUUCAUUCGCUCUGGAUACGUCGACUGAUACGGAAGAGGGGCUUUCGUCUGGCUGCGACACAAGUGCUUCACCGCGCGACCGGUCUUUGGCAAUGUGUGGUGGAGAGAAGGGAUGCAGGAACGAGCCGGCUGAUGAGUGCACACCAAACAGGAGAGGCUCCCUGCCCAGUGGAGUGGGUGGUGACGGCCCACAGUCACAUAAGAAGGGAAUAGAUGUUGUUGAUAAGUUAAAUACUCCUGGAACUGCCCGGUCAGUCAAUGCGAUAACUACAGAGCCGAAGUCCACACCACGAUUGAGCCGCGAGGACUUGAUUCUUCUUGGUUCAAAACGCUUGAAAAAGCGUGUGGAAGACCUGCGGCUGAUUGAGCACCAAAUGAAGGAUGACGGUAAUUGCCAAUUUCGUGCAAUCUCACAUCAAAUAUUUGGCUCUCAGGAGUACCAUGAGCUUGUUCGGGUGCACGUGGUGACGUACAUGAAGAGCGUUCGGGAUUCGUUCGAUUGCUUCCUCGGGACUACUGAGGACGCCGAUCACUAUUAUGCCGAUAUGCUCAAGAAUGGGACAUGGGGUGACGAGCUCACACUACGCGCUGCAAGUGAUAGCCUUUUCAUCAAUAUUCACAUCCUUUCGUCGGAAGAGCAAAACUAUUAUAUUACUUAUAACCCUAGCCCAGAUGCACCCACUCCCCCGGCAUUUUUAGUUGACGUUGCAACGAUGCGGCAGGAUCGACAAGAGGCUUUCUCGACUUCAGUGGCUUCGGUUUGUGUCUCACCUUCUCUCAGUGCACGUGGUAGCUGGAAUGGAGGCGGUGGAAAAAAAUCUCUGGCUACACCGCGGGGCCCUGUGGAUCAACUUGGCUUGGCAGGGAUAAAUAGGAACUUUCGACCUAUCCACGAGGAGGUUAACGUUGUUGAGCUACAGCGGGAGGUACAGCGCAAACUGGCUGCAAGUACAAUUCGGAAUACCACUUUGCCGGUACCCGAACCCCUGUUACCUUUCAAGGCUGUUAUUGAGCAGAAUGUAGUGGUUCCACCAACAGCGGCACCGCAGCCGAAGCCAACUUUUGUUGACGCGCCGAAGAGCCCUGUGAAAACUGUCAGGAUUGAAUUGUCGCCGCGCGAGGUGUCUUUUAAUGCAAAAAAUACAAGCGUGAUCUUCGUGUGUGCAAGGAAGAAGCCCCGACGGAAACGGACGAGCCGAGGCAGGUCGAAGACUCGCGGCGGCAGAAUAGUUGGUCUUCCAAAGAGGCACCCAAUAAUGAGACCAAUUUCCUUUUCCUCGUCACCAAUAACGGCACGGAGAAGGCCAAGGUGUAGGUCGGCGUUAGUGCGAAAUCUUUCGCCAAGGCGAAGCAAAAAGUUGCGCUCCAAGUCGAGUGCGAUGCCAGCGUCUCUUCAGCUCCCUCCUUUCGCUUCUCCGUCUGAGAGUCCCGUUAAUCCCCGUCUCUCUUCUCCUGAACCCGCUCCCGUCAUCGAGUUACCAGGUACCGCAAGCUUUAUUUUAGUUUCUCCACGGUCAUCUGAUAGCGAUAUGGUGAAGCGUCUGUCACUGGGAAGCGCGUCUGUGCCGCACUCCAGCCCGCCACCGCGUUCAGCCGUUUGUGAAGGAAGUGCCUCACCGAAGGUAAGUGUUAGUCCAUCUGAGAAGGAGGAGUUGGAGUCGUGUUUUUUGUCGGAGGCUCCCAAUGCGCCCAUUGAUAUUUUUCUUUCAUACCUCUCCCCUGUUCAUUACAACGCGCUGAGCGUGGAUACAAUCUCGAGACCUGUUGAAUAA